GAUAAUAACAAUGAUAAUUAAAUAAUGAACUAAUUGUUAAAAUAAAUGUAACAGACUAUUGCAAAUGUUGCAAUAUUUGUGAAUCAACUUUAUUAGUCCUUCGAAGUAUCGAAAUUUCAACAUUGGUAUUGCGCAAAAAACGUUGAGAACUUCAGGUGGCGCACGAUUUGCUGUACUCCUGUACAAAUAACCUUGUUACACCAUCGUUCAAAUGGUGAAUUUAUAAAUUUAUAUAACAAAUAAAUCAUCAGUGAUAGAAUAGAUAUAAUGUACAUCUACUUUCAUAGAUAACUUGAACAGCAUAAAAUUAUAAUAUAAUUUACUUGUAGUCGAUAAAAAUAAUAAGUAACAAUACGCUGGAUUAAAUUACAGUGUCAGGGAGACAAACGCAUUAUAUUUCUUAGCAACGAUGUUUGUUAAAGAAUCGUAACAGUACGAUGUGAAUAAUUCGAUCAGUGUAAUACGUUUACACGGAAUACUGGUUGAUUAUCAGUGAUGACAGGACCUAACUUAACAUGAGGUGAAACUAGGUCCAUAAGGCUUUAGCUUCAUAUUACCUGUUAAUAUUUUGUAAAAGUGUUAUAUAAUGGAAACUCAUGAGAAUGAACAGUAUGUAUCAUUUCCUCUUUCUGGGGUACAUGAUGGAAUACAAGAUAAUAUUAUAUCUCAUGAAGAAAUAUGUGAACCUGUUGAUGAAUGUGUCCUUCAGGAAGGACUUACCGAAGUAUCCGUUACAGAUGUUAAUGCUGGUAUUACAGAGGCACAAGUUGCAGUUGAAAUUUUAACGGAACAUUCCGAUGAAGAAGAUGAGAAUCGUGUGGUAUAUCCUAUAUAUAUUAAACAGGAAGAACAACAGCAAUACACAUCUGGUGAUGAUGAGUCUAUGGCUGUAGAAGCUCUCAGACAACUCGGAGGAAUGUACCCAUGUUUUGAGGAUAAGAAAGUAUCUUGUCCUAAUUGCACGAAUUUCUUUACACAAUCAGAAAUGGCAAAGCAUCAUAUUACUUGUACCGCUACUAAAUUGUCGUGCAUGACUUGUGGAGAAAGAUUUGAAAGGAAAAUGGAUUUGAAUAAUCAUAUGGUAUGUCACCAAGUAGAUCGCCCACAUGCUUGUAGAACUUGUGGUAAUUUGUUUCGUUCAAAGAGUAAUUUAAGAUAUCAUAUGUUGCAAGUACAUCAGAUAGAGCGACCUCAUAAAUGCACCAUAUGUGGAGCAGAUUUUCAGAGACCUUCUAGUUUAUCUAAUCAUAUGAAAAUUCAUACAUAUGUUGCUGGACGUGCCAUCAUGCAAUCACAAAGUAAUAAUGUGUCUCAGUCUGAAGAACCUUUUAGAAAAUGGUCUGAAAAUAUAACUGAAUCUCAAAACAAUGAAGUGCCAUCUUCCUCUGUACAAACUGUACAAAAUUAUGAUACAGUUCAUUGGCCAGUUACCCCUUAUAAUUUUCACAGUGAACAAUCAACAGUUAAUGUAAUAUCAGGUUCUCAAGAGAAAAUGGAUACUUUACAUGAAUUUACUGUAAUGCCAAAUGGGGAAGUAACGCAAUUUGAAUAUUCUCAACCGAAUAGUAUAAAUAAUCAAGUAAAUCAACAAUACAAUAUCUCAUUGAAUUCAUUUAAUAAUGCUGAUACAAUGAUCAAAGUUGAAACUAUAUCAUAUAACAGUGAAGAUAGAAAAAAUUAUAUAGAAGUUGAAACAAAUAGUACAAAGCCACACAACUGUAAAUAUUGUGGAAUCGGUUUUGCCCGUGCAACUGCAUUAGUAUCGCAUGAAAAAAUUCACCUAUCUAAAAAUUGGAGUAUACCAAUUGAAUGUGAAUAUUGCGAUAAACAAUUUCAGGAUAACAACCAUCUAGCAACUCAUCAAACCACAUGUGCAAAAAAGCUAAUGCAAAAUAAUAUAGAGCAAGGUUCACCUAACAGUAAAUGGUGUAAACAUGCAUGUUCUGAAUGUGGUAAAAAAUUCACUACAAAACAAAAAAUGUUCAGACAUCAAUGGAUUCACAGGAAAAAGACACAUUCUUGUGAAGUAUGUGGAUCCCAAUUUGAAAAACAAAAUCAAUUAGACAAACAUAGAUUGUCUGCACACCCUGGUGAUUCUCCAUUUACUUGUACAGAAUGUGGUAAAAGUUUUGUAUCUCGUCAAGGACUUUGGGAACAUGGGAGAACACAUGCUGGAAGUCCUGCACAUUUUCAUUGUGACACAUGCUCUAAAACAUUUUCAUCCAGACAAGGAUAUUUAAUACACCAUCGAACUCAUACAGGAGAAAGACCAUAUGGUUGUAAAUUUUGUUGGAAAGCAUUUAGAGAUGGUGGAACUUUAAGGAAACACGAGCGUAUUCAUACAGGAGAAAGGCCUCACAUUUGUCCUUUGUGUUCAAGAGCAUUUAAUCAGAAGGUUGUCCUGCGGGAACACGUUCGUUGGGUUCAUGCAGCUGGGAAAAAUGAAACUGAUGCAACUGGGCCUCCUUUUCCUUGUCCUAUAUGUGGAACUUUGAGUCAAGAUCGGGACGAAUUAUGUGCACAUAUCGUUAAACAUUCUGACCAAAUGAUAGCAGAAGCAAAAGCUAAGACAAACAAUAAUGCACCAAAAACAAAACCAGUUAAAAAGAAAUCAAAAACAUGUGCAACAACUGGCUUGCAAGUGAAACAAGAACUUGGAAGUUGUAUAAUUUCGAAAACAGAGGAAAAUGAAGCACUUUUGUCUAUUACAGACACAGAUAAGUCAGAUAAUCAUCAAAUUUUAAAUGAUAAACAGAAUACCUUUCUUGUAGUUACAAAAAAAGAUGAUGAAGAUUUUAUAUCAAUUUCAGAAUUUAAAUCUGAAAAUACAGAUUUAUUAACUGAUGAUAAACAAGAUGAAAAUUUACAUAUUUCAGAAACUGAUCAGAAAGAUCCCUUAGGUAUGAUUACUAUGGAUAAACAAAAUAACACAUGUAUAGCUUCUACAGAAUCAGAAAGAAGUGCACUUCAUUCUGCUACUGGUCAUAAUGAAAUAACUACAAUGCAUUUAAUACAAACUUCAAAACAAAGCAAUACUUUACACUUAAUAUCAAAACAAAACGAAUCAUUGCCUGUUUUGACACUGCAAAACCCUCAGAGCCAUGAAGAUUAUUCCAGUCAAAUUGCACAAAUAAAUAAUAAUGAUGUACCUAUGGAUAUGGUAACUCAUCAUUCAACUAGGCAAGAUCAGAAUACAAAGGAUCAUGAUAAUGAAAUUGGACAAGAAUCAUUGAUAUCAGAAGGAACAUCCCAGACAGCUGUAAUACAAGUUGUACAAUAUCAUCAAAAUGAAAGUGAUGAUGAAGAAGAGGAAUUAGUUUGUGGUAUUUGCGGAGAAGAUUUUAAUGACAAAAAUGUGUUAAUGGAACACGUUAAAAUUCAUAUAUAAUUAUUGUUAGUUUAUUACUAUCCAAGUUUGUGAUAUUAUUAAGCUAUUAUUGUGGCUAUGUAAGAAGUAACGAAUUUCAAUAUUUCUUAUGUUCUUGGAACAAAAAUAUUAAGCAUAAAUAUUUAAGUAUUGUUUCUGAUAGUAGUAGUAGUAAUGAAGCACCAAUUUUCUAUGUCUCUUAAAAUGCACUGAUAUUAAAACAAAGCUUUCAAUUACUGAAAGAAUUUCAAUUAUAUUUAUACAUUUUUAAUUAAUCAAUUUCGGUUUUCUCAAACGCUUUUGCACAUUUAGAUCCUAUACUAUACACGUGGUAAAACAAUGUACAUGUAUUAAAAUAAAAUUAUAGAACAAAGUUUCUAUAUUAUGUAAAGCGCAUUAUUGGUCGUUUUGAAGAAAAAAAAUUACAUAUCGUAAAAAGGUUACUUAAAAAUUAUGUAGUUCUACUAUAAUACAAUUUUACAAAUUAUCUGAUCUUUUAAAUUAAGUCGAUUUAUAAUACGUAAAUUAUAACUAAACCAAAAUGGCAUUUGAAAUGUAGAAUAUGAGGUGCGAUAAGAAAAUAAAGUGCAUUUUAUUUUCUACAUUUAUCUUUUAUUUUAUAUCGAUAUUCCAGCAUGAUUUUAAUUCGAACUUUAAUAUUUUCAACUUUCGUUCGCUUUUGUAAAGGGAACAAGCGCAACAGUCACGUGUCUAUACCGGUACUAAAUACAAGUGCGCGUAAUUUUGUGAAAUAAAUAGUAAUAAUCACAAUUUAUAAUUAUUAUUGUAUAAUGUGCAAUAUUAUUUCAAUAAGCACGCUUCAAGUUUCAUUGAACACCUGCUGAAAACGGUCGCCGCGACGUGUAUGAAGUUCAUAAUCUGCAAGACCAGGAGUUUAUUUGUUUCAAGGUUGAAACGUUUCAAAUUCAAAAUGUCUGAAGCUCGGAAUGUCUCAAAUUUGGAAUUCUCCAGGAUUUAAAAUUUGGAACCCUUCAAACUUGAAAAGCUUCAAGCUCAGAAUACUCGGAAGGCUCUGAACCCACCUCGCGCCGGCCCUGGUUACACGAAUCGAUAAAUUGGUUAUACAUUGAUUCUAC